AUGUCGAUCGUAAAAAGACCCACCAUCAAGAAUCGCAGGAUAUCCUCGUCGCCCUCUCCGCCAGGAAGUCCACACCCUGCUUAUGACCCUAUUCGGAUGGAACCGGUCGAUCGUCUGGGCCUCACUUCUGCUGCAGUACCUCUCUCUAUCAAACAGGUCGACCUCGACGGAUAUGACAUCGUCCCUCCGGUGCCUGCAUACUACAACACCUUCGAGCUACCCCGCUCCAGCUUCUACAGCCUCCAAGAGCUUCAGGACGACAUUGCCAAGGCCAUCUCGGCACAAAACGGUUUCCCUCAUCGUCGUGUGGAAGCAAAGCGCGACUUCUAUUUCAAGCUCUCGGCCCACUACAGACGCCAUACGGAUGAGAAGCGCCAGGACGUGCGGGUCACUGCGCAGAAUUGGGAUGAGCUGAGGCUACUGCUGUUGAGUGAUGAGGUGCACGUCGCGUGCUUCUCUGUUCUGUGGUGGAAGAAGACUACAGGGCAGCAAAGAGCUGAUCGCGCCGAGUUGGGUCGCAGUUUGGCUUGCUGUGUUAUGCAGUAG